GCAAAACCCGUGCACACCACUCUCCCGGCCUUGGAGCGAUGACAGCUGCAUUGCAGUGCUGGAGUUCCUAUUGGUAAUGGGCAAGCAUGCAGCUAACAUUCAAAGUCACUUUGGUGGCCUUGUUAAACUUUUUAAUUCACCAAUGUCAAGGUGCUGAAAACUGGAAUGUAAAUGCAAACAUGUGCAUGGAAGAGUCAUGUGGUGCUCAUUUUAUGCCUCAUUCACCAUUAGUCAACUGCUCAUUUCUGCCACUUGAAUUUUUGGAAUGUGAAGAGCCUAAAGCACUCCAAGGCAACAACACAGAAGACCAAGAAUAUGGAUGCACUGAGUUUGGUGGUCAGAAGUAUGAAGAUGUCAAGAAGACUUCAGUGUUCUGCAAAGUCCUGCCGGGGAUCGAGUGUUUUGGACCGCGCCGGUUCCUGCGGGGCGGAUUCCCCUGCGUGCGCUAUACAAACCGCUACUUCGCCACCACGCUCAUCUACAGCGUGCUGCUCGGCUUCCUGGGCGUGGAUCGGUUCUGCCUGGGUCAGACGGGCACCGCCGUCGGCAAGCUGCUCACGCUGGGUGGAGUCGGCAUCUGGUGGGUGGUGGACAUCAUGCUGCUGGUGUCGGGCGGCAUGAUGCCCGAGGACGGCAGCAACUGGGUGCCCUACACGUGACCCGAGCACCGCCGCGCCGCUGCGU